GGUAACAGGUUGUCUUUAGCAAAUGUUUUCCCUUGGGUUUAUUAGUUAGAGCUGUCACAUUUCAAGAUAACUUCUUUACUUUUACACCGUUAGUUCUCAUGAAGGAGAACCACAGGAGGUAACAGAGGAAUAUUCAGCAGAGUGAAAUAUAAACUUUCCCUUAACAUCAGGAUGUCUAGGAAUCCCCCCGUGGACCAUGGUGUACAGAUUCGUUUUAUAAAUGACCUGCAAGACACUGGAGGGGGAGUGGGUGGGCAGCCUCGCAGAGAGGCACCCAGAAAGCCGCUGCCUCGCUAUGGAGUAGCAGUGAGGGUGCAGGGCAUCGGUGGGCAGCCCUACGUUGUACUGAAAGAGGGAGAAAAAGGAGAUUCAUAUGGAGUGCAACUAAGAACCCAACCACCUGCCUAUGGCAGCCUGCCUAGGAGGAGAGAUGAUGGGGUAAUCCAGGGGCCGUAUUUCUCAUCUGGAGACAACACCCCCCUGCGUCGGGCUCAGUCUCAUGGCUCCCUGUUGGAUAGAGAAAACAGCAGCGAAGACUUCUCAGAUGAUCUCCGACGUCCGCUUGGAGAUGGACGCUCUGGUAGCUACGGCAACCUGGAUGGAGGUAUUGGUGUGGGAGCAGAGAGGGAGCGGCACAGAGAAAAGAUGGAGAGAAAUCAGUGGGGUGGAUCCCACCAGACAGGGCUGAAUGGCACUUUGGGAAGAGGGAGAGGUGGAGGCAGUCACUAUCCCUCAUCCGAAUCAGUCGAAAUAUCUUCAUACAACCAGCACACUCACAGCCAAUCAGCUCCCAACUCCAUCCGUCAGAUGCCUACUCACAGACUCGCCGAAAGGUAUGAUGGGAGCUCCGCUGCACAGGCGGGUAACACUGGGGCCAACACCAGGGGGCGAUAUCCCAUCCCAUCUGCAGAUGACAGACCCACCUCAACCACAUCAUUACCUGCUGCUUCUUUCAUCCCAAACACAUACUCUUCACCACGGUCUUCCUCACCUGCUUCUGCCUACAGCAGCCUGGGCCGCGGCUCAGGUUCUGUCGCCAAGGUCACGGCUGUCUCUUCAUCUUCUCAAAUUGAUGGACAUGUAACUCCUGAUCUUUUGAUGGACCAGGGUCAAAGUUCAGGGUCCGAGUUCUCAACCGAAGAUCAGAUACAACAGAUAAUCUAUGACAUUCUACGUCAUGGGAGUACAGAGGGAGAUGCUGCUAUUAAACACAGGGUUCGAGUCAUCUGUAAUAAGAUUCAAGGACUAAAGGUGAACAGAUCUGAUGACUCCUUGAAGGAGGAGCUUGAGCAGUGUCUGGAUGAAAAUGUACAGCUGCAGGAACAGCUGGGACGGAAGACCACAGAGCUGCACCAAACACAUUCAGAGCUCACUCAGUUACGAAUGGACAGAGAGAAUGCAGAGUCUCAUGUUAGAGAGCUGGAGGAUCAGCUGGCAGGACUACAGGAGGAGCUGAGGAGAGAGACAGACAACAAAGCUCAGGCUGACACUAUGCACAUGGAGUUGAUGGCAGUAAGAGGUGAGUUGGCCGAAGCUGCAGCGCUGUGUCAGAAGCAGGAGGACGUUCUGAGGCAGAGAGAGAGGGAGCUGACCGCUCUAAAGGGGGCGCUGAAAGAUGAGGUCUCCUCACAUGACAAGGAGAUUGAGGCUCUCAGAGAGCAGUACAGCCAAGACAUGGAGCGACUACGAGCAAGCAUGGAGCAGGUUUCACAGUCUCAGGCAACCAUUGAAGCCGAGCGUCACCGUGUGAACUCUUCGGUAAGGUCACUUCAGCAGCAAUUGGAGGAGAGCAGAGAUGAGGGAAACCACUGGAGAGAGCAGUUUCAGUCCAGCAGAGAAGAGCUACGCAACACCAAACAAGAGUUACUCCAGGCUCGUAUGGAGAAAGAGGAGUAUGAGGAGGAGCUGAAAGACCUCCAGGAGAAAAUCAGCACAAUGAAACAGCAGAUGCCAGAUCCCAAACAGACCCAGACAGUCAGCCAGGAACUCGAGCGUUGUCGUGCUGACCUACAGAAGUCCCAAGCAAAUAUGGAUAAAUUAAAAACAGAUCUUGACAAGAAGACAAUGGAAAUUGUCUUAUUAAAGAAGAGCAAACAGGAGCUUGAGGCAGAGCAGAAAUAUGAGAUUGACAGGCUGAAGGACCAGUCACGCAGAGAUAAAGAAGAGCUGACGAAAGUUCACGAGAGGGCCAAACAGCUUGCUGAACCCUCAUUGGUGGAGGCCCUGCGCAAGGAGUUGAGUGACAUGCAAGAAGAGGUGGACCGACUGCGCAGUCAGCUGCACUCAACUGAAGAAGAGCUUCAGGCAAAGACAGACAAACUCAGCUCUGCUCAAACCCAAGCAAACAAUCUGGCACAUGAGCACAAGGAACUCGAGGAAACCAACACACGUAUGAAGGAGAGAAUCACACGCCUAGAGUCUCAGCUGCAGGAGCGCAUGUCUCAGAGUAUUGAGGCCGAACAGGAGCAGCAGGAGGAGACCAGGAAACUGAGGCAGCAGUUGGAAGAGUCCAGGCGUGAGAACUCCAGACUGGGCCUAGAGCGGGACGAGCUGGCUCGUAAUCUGGAAGAGAAGGAGAAGGACAGAGAAGCUGUCCGCAAGGAGAACACACAGCUCGAGGACCAGAAGAGGCAGCAGGAGAGAGCACUAGACAAACUCAAUAAAGAGAUGGAGCGCUUGUCUGCAGCAUCCCGUGAGGAGGUGCGGCUCCUGCAGUCUCAGCUGGACGAACAGAGAGACAAGUGGAAGAAAGAGCAGCAGGACUCGCAUAAAAACGCCAAAGAGAAGCUCAGUGAGCUGGAGAGAGCUCAGAGCACCAUCCAUUCCCUACAGGAAGAGUUGGCCCGUCAAAAGAAGGAGCUGUUCUCGAGUUAUGAGGAACGAGACAAUGCUAUAUUAGAUAAAGAGCUGCUUACUAACCGCCUCAAACAUCUGGAGAGCGAGAUGGAGACACAACGCAGCACACAAAACGACCGCUCGCGAGAGAUCCGCAGCUUGGAGGACAAAAUCAAGCACCUAGAGCUGGAGUUAGAUGAGGAGAAGAACAACGGAGAGAUGCUGACAGAAAGAAUCACCAGGAGCCGAGAUCAGAUUGAACAGCUGCGUGCCGAGCUCAUGAAUGAACGGUCCUCCAAACAAGACUUGGAGCUGGACAAAAACGCUCUGGAGAGACAGAUAAAGGAUUAUAAAUCUCGUGUAACUGAGAUGGAGGGCCAGUCACGUUCCUCUACUGGUGUGUCUCAGCUGGAGAGCAAAAUCCAGGACCUUGAGGAACGACUGCGUGCAGAGGAGAGAGAGAAGAACUCUGUGGUGUCCUCUCAGCGACGGUUGGAGAGGAAACUAAAGGAGCUGAACAUCACACUGGAUGAGGAGAGACAUCAGCACACAGAGCAGAGAGACCAGCUGACUCUGCGUGUGAAGGCUCUGAAGAGACAGGUGGAUGAAGGAGAGGCCGAGGCCGAGCGGCUGGAGGGACUGAGGAGGAAGGCCAUCAGAGACAUGGAGGAGAUGCAGGAACAGAAAGAGGCGCUGCAGUCCAAAGUCACAGCACUAGAGAAUGAACUCAAGAGGAAGAGCCAGCAGGCCCGACAGUCAGCUCUGGAGUCUUCAGUGCUCAGCUCUGAUGAUGAUGAUGAUGAUGAUAGAUUGUACGAUCAUUCCAGCAUAACCUCCAUCCUUACCGAGAGCAACCUAAAGACCAGUUCUUGCUGAAGACCAAUAAAGGAAUCUGGAAUUCCACUUCAUGACGCUUCAUUCAUGAACACAGAGUAACUUCAGUCCUGCUGUAAAAUUCCCACUUGUGCUUUAACUGCUAUGCCACAACACCAUAAUUAUAAAUCAGAUGUACAAUCUGAGUUUAAACUGUCUGUAAAACAGGACGACGGCUUUUCACACACUUGAAGACGCCUGACAUUUUCACUGUCAGUAAGUCAAAUAGAUUUCAGACAUGGCUUUAUUCAUCUAGACAUCAGUAGAGACUCUCAUUUUGAUGGUCUCAUUUUUUUUUUUUUUUUUUUUUUAUGAGAAAAGCCUUAAUGAUCCCGUCAGGUUGAGUGUAGAAAGACCUUUUUAGAGGAGAUCAGUUGAGAGUUGAAGCCAUUUAGAAACUGAAUUUCACUCCGGCUCAAAUUAGCAAAGGCAAUUUUGGCUUAUUUUAGUUGAAGUAAUCAGGAUUAAUAGAAGAAAUAAGAACUUUUGUAUAAAAUGAAUUAAUAGAGACAGAGAGAAGGAUUUAAUUUUGUUUUAAGGGCCCUGUGACCGAUUAUGAGCACUGAUGAUUUCAUUAGGUGUGUGUUAAGAGUUAUUAGUAGGUUAUUAAUAGAAGGGAGAUGAAAAAAAAAAAAAAAAAAACAUUUAGCAGAGAGAGACAGAGAGAGUAGUUGUGUGAAUGGGGAAAAAAUUAAUAAAAAGUAUGUCACUGUAAUCUAGUAUAGCAGGAACACAGAGAAAUGCAGGUAAUAGUCCAAAGCAUGCAUCAGUUCCAAGAGAAUAGAUGAUAGAAAUCCAGGUUUAGUAUCAAGACAACACACUUAUUUCCUUAUGUUUACAGAACAAGCUCUAGGUACGAGUGAAUCAGCACUACACAGAUGCAUCAGUUAUGCUAAAAUACAAUAUAUAACAACAAUCACAAUAUAGACAUUGACAUUUCAGCUAUAUUUCACUCCUACCAUUUCCGUACAAGCUAAACGUAAAGAAUGAGAUUCAAGUUCAGUGCUGAUUUGCCUGUAGCAAAUAUAAUUUAGCAUUAAAAAAACCGCCGAACUUUCUAAAUCAACUGCACUGUGAAAUUCUGUCUUUUCUGUCAUUCAAACUGCUGUAUAUUUUAUGUGAAAGCAGAACUAGUGUUUGCUUCCACCAAAACUGUUAAUCGUUAAGCGACAGCCUAAAAGACAAAUCAGUGUUCGUUCAUUCCUGAUGGUGAAACUAUGAAAAUUACUCAUUUUGUUUAUUUCGUUAGUUUACCAGCACACGAUCUAUUGUUUUUUACUUCAACGUAUAAUAUUGAAGUAAACAAUAUAUAAAAUAACUGAAAUAACUGAUAUUUUCUACCAUAGUUGUCUCAUAAUCCUUUAACAGACGCAUUAACUCAUUUUUUUGAUACCGAGCUGCCUGUUCUCGUCUGUAUCUACAGUUUGUCUAUGCACACAGCAUCUGAUUCAUGUGAACGGUACACCACUACAAUGCCUUGUAAAUCUAAUAAUUAUUUUUGUAAUUGUUCUUGUUCCAAGGUAAAUGAGAAUGAUUUAUGUAUGUAUUUUGUAUUUAUUUGUAAUAGAAUUUGCAUUAAGCACUGAUCAAAUCAAAGGUUUGUAUUUUCUGUAAGCAAAACCUUUUAUAUCAAAAAUAAAUUCAGUACUUUAGUA